AACAUAACAAGAACAACACCAAAUUUUUCACUGUAGAGUGUAGAUUUUUCUAAUGGAGUCCACGAGGUUUCAAGCUGAGACAAAUCAUCUAACAAAAACUUUAUAAUUAAAAAUACAAAAUGAGUACAAUUUUGGAAAAAAUUGCGGCCAUCGAAUCGGAGAUGGCCCGCACUCAAAAAAAUAAAGCAACAGCCUUACAUUUGGGUUUAUUAAAAGCUCGUUUAGCUAAAUUACGACGGGAAUUAAUUACACCCAAAGGUGGUGGCGGUGCAACCGGCGAAGGUUUCGAUGUGGCUAAAACAGGUGAUGCUCGUAUUGGUUUUGUAGGCUUUCCAUCUGUCGGUAAAUCAACUUUGUUAAGUACACUAGCCGGUGUUUAUUCCGAAGUUGCCGCAUACGAAUUCACAACUUUAACAACUGUUCCUGGAUGUAUUAAAUAUAAAGGUGCUAAAAUUCAAUUAUUGGAUCUUCCCGGAAUUAUUGAAGGUGCUAAAGAUGGUAAAGGUCGUGGUCGACAAGUAAUUGCCGUCGCUCGCACUUGCAGUCUUAUUUUUAUGGUAUUAGAUGUUUUAAAACCAUUACACCACAAAAAAUUAUUGGAACAUGAAUUGGAAGGUUUUGGUUUACGACUGAAUAAACAACCACCAAAUAUUAAUUUUCGACGGAAAGAUAAAGGUGGAAUCAAUUUAAAUUCAAUGUGUGCACAAUCUGAGUUGGAUUCGGAAACAGUUAAAACAAUUUUAUCUGAAUAUAAAAUUCAUAACGCUGAUAUUACAUUAAGAUACGAUGCAACCAGCGAUGACUUAAUUGAUGUUAUUGAGGGUAAUCGAAUUUACGUACCCUGUAUUUAUUUACUCAAUAAAAUAGAUCAAAUAAGCAUUGAAGAAUUGGAUGUUAUUUAUAAGAUUCCACAUUGUGUGCCGAUUUCAGCUCAUCAUAAAUGGAAUUUUGAUGAUUUAUUAGAAAAAAUGUGGGAAUAUUUAAAAUUAGUACGAAUUUAUACAAAACCAAAAGGACAAUUACCCGAUUACAGUUCACCAAUUGUAUUACAUUCAGAACGAACAACUGUUGAAGAUUUUUGUAAUAAAUUACAUCGCACUAUUGCAAAAGAAUUUAAAUAUGCUCUAGUUUGGGGUUCAUCUGUAAAACAUCAACCACAAAAAGUUGGUAUUGAUCACGUUUUGUGCGACGAAGAUGUUGUACAAAUUGUAAAGAAAGUUUGAAAUGUUUUAUUUUUUUUACGAUGUGAACAAAAAUGCUUAAAAAUCUUUCAUUGAAAAUGGAAAUUUUUGAAUAACAUAAUAUUGGGCUUAAUAUUCGUUUUGUAUAUGGGGAUCUCUUAAUGGAACAUUGCAAAAUGAAUAUGUAUUG